AUGUCAACCAUUUUGCCAAUAAAUUAUUUAGAUAAUUUUCAAAAACCAGCUUAUAUUUUAUAUCAGAUUAUUUAUUCAUAUUUAAGAGAGGAAAGUAAGUAAUUAUUAAAAGCUAGAUUAAGAAAGAAUUUUUCUAAAUAAUAUGAUUAAACUACUUUGAUUUUUGAAGAAUUCUACAAAACAGAAUAUAUAAUCAGAAUUUUAAAUCUAUAAAUGGUUAAAUUAUUAGAGGAUAAAUGUGUUUUUUAUGAUUGUUUGAUAAAAGAUUAAGUCUCAUAAAAUAAAAUUUUUGAUAUUUGUUUUAAAAUAUCUGUGAAACUUUGUAAAAUUGAGAAAAAUAUUAAUCAAAUCUACUAAAAAAAUCCAUGUAAGAAAUAAUAAUUUUUAAGUUAGCUAUUAGUAUUUUAAAUUUAAAAGUAUUUUAUCAGACUGAAAUCCUAAGAAACUAUGCUUAAGCUAGCAGAGAACAUUCAGUUAAUUAUGAAUUGGAAUCCUAAUAUAAAUAAACUAGUAUAGUAUUAUUAGCUAAAUAAAAUAAAGUUGCAUUUUUAAUUACAAAAUUAGGGGAUUGUUCUUAUAAUGUAAAAAUAGAAAGAGCUUCAAGUAAUGCAAAAUAGUUUUUUCAAAAUGAAUUACCUUUAUAUAUUGAACCUCUAAUCCCUUUAGGAAUUAGAGAUUAUCAUGGAUAAAACUUACAUGAUUUUUUUUAAACAGGGUAAUCUCCUAGAUAUAAAUAAAAUGCUCGUUUGUUCAUUCUUUAAAAGAAUUUUAUACAAAUAGCUGAAUCAUAUUUAGAUUCUUACAAUAGUUUAUCUGAACUAAGAUUUAUUAAUAUAAUUUUAGAACUUAAAGAUGUAAAAGGGUAUAUGAUUCUAAAUAAUUAAUUUUAAAUUGUCGGAAUAAAUAAACACCUUUUGGACUUGUUAAAUUUUUCAAAAUCAUAAAUUGAUUAUUUUUAACCAGAUGAUAUGAUAUAUGGUCUAAAUAUUUAAAUAUUGAUUCCUUAAUUUAAAAUGCUGAUAGAAGAGAAUAAAUAGGUUUCAUUGAUUGAAUUCUAUUUUAUAAAACAAUGUUAUAUGUUUGAUUUAACAAAACAUACAAUGACAGAAAGAUUUACAAAUACUAAUCUGCUGGAUAGAUUUGAAUCUUAGAUUGAAAUUUAAUCUAAAUAUCACAAUAACAAAUUGGCAUAUAUAAUAUUAACAUUUGAUUAUUUAAAAAAAUAGAAUGCAACUUCUAUGUUAUCAAAUUUUAUCGAAUGUUCAACUAAAUCUAAUUAGAAAAUUGAUAUAUAAUAAAAGUUAUAAGAAGGAAUAAAGAUUGAUUCACCAUAUGAUUUUGAUGAUUCAAAAUACUUAGAUGUUUAAUUAUUUUAACCAGAACUUACAUAUUAAUAGUUAAACUCUCCUUAAGAAAAAUCUUCUACAUAUGAAUUGUUAUUUUAAUAAAAAUUUUACAAUAGAUAUCAUGAUAUAUCUAGAGGAAGUGACGAUGUUUCAAUAAUUAAGAAAAACUUCUUGAAAUAAGUAAGUAUGCCACAGUUUUAUUCUGAAUUUCAAAAAUAAAAAAUAUCUGUUGAAGAUGUUUGUACACCAUAAAAAAAAAAGGAGAAAUAUGAUUCUAAUUUUUAAGAUAAAGUAGAAUUUAUUGAUAAAAUGGGAUAAAAAAAAAUAAAAAAUAUAUUUGUUAGAUUAGCAAUCAUAUUUUUAGUAGUUUCUUCAUUAUUAGGAAUUGUAUCCUUAUUGCUUUAAACUUUUCUUAUAUAAAACAAUUUUAAUAAUUACAUUAACGAUGUUGGAUAAUUAUCAAUAAAAAAUGACAUCCUCUAACCUAUGUUAAGUUUCUUCAUUUUAAGAUUUAUUAUAUAUGAUAAAACUAAUUUAUUAAUUUAGAAUUAAAUAACUAAAGAAUAAUAUUUCAUUGAAACUGACUUUGCUUAAAAAUAUUUAAAAAAAGAAUUUGCUCAUUUUCAUGAUCAUAUUUAAGAAUUAUUUGAAUCUCAAUUAUUAUAAGAUUUUCUUAUAGAUCAUUAUUAUCAAGUAAUCUAUUUAGAAGAUGAUUAUUCUUAUACUUAUGAGAAUUUUAGUGCUAGAACUUUCUUUAUAAAAUAUUUAGAUUAUCAGUAAUUCAUUUAUGCAAUUUACUCCAAUAAUGAACUUCCUAAAAUAACAACCCCAGUUACUUUUUAAAUGUUGAAUUAAAAAUUAAUGUUUGAAAUUUGUUCUUAUCUAAGUGAUUAAGUUUAUAACAGCACUAUAAAUAGAAAUUCCAAAUAAAUUAAUGAUCAAAUAAUUGUUAUAGCAUGUUUUUUAAGUGUUAAUUUUAUUUGUUUAUUGUUAUCAAAUUACUAUUAUAGAAAGUUUGCUAACUAAAGGCAGCUUUUUGGAAGUCUUAUGUUCAAUAUUGAAAAAAGUGUCUUGGAAUCAGAAUUAGAAAAUUUAGAUUUUUUGAUUGGUUAGAUUUAAAAUUAUAACAUAACUUAAUUUUAUACCUUUAAUGAAAAAAAUAAAGAAUUUGAAAUUUAAGUAUUAAGUUAAAAAUCAAAAACUCAUUUUUCAAGCAAUUAAAAAUAAAUUCAUAAAAAAGCAAAAAUUGAUACUUCCAGGUUUUUGAUUUUCAUCUAUACAAUGUUUGUUGGUUUUUUAACUGUAAAUCUAACUAAUACUCUUAUUCUUUCUGAAUUUAUUCAAAAAUAUAAACCAACUGCUACUAUGCAUAAAAAUACAUCUGAUUUAUGUUUAAAUGUUGCAUUAAUAUAUAGUUAAAAGGAAAAAUUGAAUAAUUAGGUUUUUUUUCAAUACUUAAAAGAAUCAGAUUUUACAACAAUGAUAUAGCAGUUGAAUUAGUCGUCUAUAUAAAUCUAAUAAUAUUAAUAAGAAUUGUUGAAUAUAAAUCUAGCUAAUUUGCUAUUUCGUUCAGAUUUUGUUACCUACUUUUUAAAUUAAGAAACAUAAGAUUUAUGCACUUUGAUUAAUCCAGUAUUUAAUUAAUGUAUCAUAGGAAAAUAAUUAAAAAAAUGGGUAAAUUUGUAUAAGUUCAUUUGAAGGUUCUUUUGCAUUAGGAAUUUAAGCUGUUUUGAAUCAUAUAUUAAAAAUAGUAAGAUAAGAAUUGAUGGGUUAAGAUUUUUCUUAACGUUAACCAAUAAAUAUAUUAGAAGUUGAAGGAGCAUAUUUAUUUGUAGAAUAUUUAUAAACAGCAGCAGACAUGGCAAUGAAAGAUUUUUCUGAGCAAGUUUUACAUUAUAAAAAUAUUUUGGAAGUAUAAUUUGGUAUAACAUAGACAAUUCUUGUUUCAUCCAUCUCUUUCACAUUAAUUUUACUUGCAAUUAUAUUAAUUGCUUAUAAAACUAACUUAAAAUUGAAACUAACAUAUGCUGUUAAGUUUAUCCAUUUGAUUCCAAGAGAAGUGUUAUUUUUGGACAAUUCUUUUGAAAGGAAAGUUAGAAUGGCUAUUCUGAAAGAUCCAAAUUUAUGA